AUGUCCGAAUGGCUAACAGUCAAUCAGCUCGAUGAAAAUAGCGACGGUCUUCCAACUAUGCUCCAAAAAGAAGAGAAGCUGGAUCUAACGACAACAGGUAGCCUCCUUCAUAAGCUUGUAAGCGAACAGAAGGAAACCAAGACCAAGCGGGAAAGGGUGGUGAUUAGCACUCGCCCUCACUCUAGCCACUCAAGGCCAUCCCAGAGUAGUUCCGCAGAUGCACCGCCUUUUUCAAAGAGCCGUGUGAGAGAAUCGGACGAUAUUGCCGAUAGCCACCGCCACAACAGGGAGUCCAAAAAUAGGACAACGGAACGGAAGUCGAGCUCUGUUGUCACUCACGAGUCGCCAUCCGUUACGAGCGAAAGGAAAAUAAGUGAAGGUUUUGAGAGGAAAGUGAAAGACUCAGGUGAUCCGCUGCCACCUGAGCCCUUUGCCAGAAUUCCGAACAGUUUGAAAGAACGUUUAUCCAUGGAGACGUUAAAUAGUAGCGAUGGACGGCAAAAUAGUCGUAGAAUUCGUGAGGAAACUAAGGAACGGAACCGAACUGAUGACUCCGAGAAGAAGUCACAUGCAAUAGAACCGACCAGAUCAAGAGCCCAUAAGGAGCCAGAUGGUGAUAGGAAAAGGGAUUCUAGUAAACGCCAUGAUGAUCGAAACGAUCGUAGAGAUGCGAGCAAGCGACCAGAACACAAUGAAGUAAUCUCGCCGUCUACUCGACAUCAUGCUUCCCACGAGAACGAAAAGGAAACAGGCGUCAAGCGCUCCUUGAAAUCCGAUGAGAGCUCUGAAAAGCGGAGCCGACUUGAUGAUCAUUACAGAAAGCGUCAUAUUUCAAGCCACUCUGAUCAAACUAGAAGUCCCUUCAAAACAAAAGAAGACGACGAAAGUAGCGUCAACAGGAAAAAUGCUCAAAAUACCGACGUUCGGCAUGGGGUCGACCCAUCUGGAAAGGAGAAUGUUCAACCAGAAAGGAAGUGA